UUCUAUCGCGCACGGACACCGGACUGCAAUCGUUGGCUCUAUUCAACCCGAGAAUCACAGUGAACAACAUCGCCAGCUGACCUGUUCAUAGAAGCUUCAUUCCGAAAGCAUGGGUGAUAUAGAGAUCGUGCGGUACGAGGACCGCUACCGUGAACAGGCGCUGGAAGUGCUGAGAAAAUCAUUUUUUCUACACGAAAUGGUUUGCAUUGGAGCGGAAGUGGACCGGACACCGCAGGCCCAGAAGGAUCUCGAGCAGCUCUGUCUGGAUGUGGCCAAUGGGGGUGUUUCGUUGAUCGCACGACACCAACCAACCGAUACGAUCGUCGGCGUUUCAUUUAACGUGCUGCAGACUCCCAGCGGACCGGAUGAUUGCAACUACUUUGAGCAGUUUCGUGACACCAAGUGUACGACUGAUAGCUCGCGGUCACUGAUGCAGUACAUGAUCACGAUGGACGCGAAGGUGAACCUGUUCGAGCGGUUCAAUGUAACGUGCCUGCUGGAGAUCAUGUUUCUAGCCACCCUGCCCGAUUACGAGGGACGCGGCAUUGGAACGCGGUUAGUAGAGGAAUCGGUUCGGCUAGCGCAAAAGUUGCGUUCCGAGGAGGCCAGCACUGCAAAAAAGCCUCAGCUCGUUUCGGCACUCUUUACCUCGAAAAUCUCACAGCGAGUAGGAGAGAAGAAUGGAUUCAAGGUCGUGAAUCAGGUGCCCCACUCGGAGUUUGUGUUUAACGGGAAAACGUAUGCCGAUCGCGCCGGGCCCGAGCAUCCGUUUUCUACGCUUGUGGUGAAGCAACUUUAAUAGGUCGAUAUCUCUAAAACAAAUAAAGAAACCC